AGAGCGCCUUAGCGCAUGUGAGUUAAAAAUGGCGUCUAGUUGUCAAAAUGCUGCUGUCAUUGCUCAUGUUAUUAGCGAAGCCCUUCACAAGAAGUCGAAGGGAGACAGUUCUGAGUACAACAUUAUUCUUACGGAGUUGUCUCGCUCAAACAUUUUGGAUGUGUCUUUAAGUCGAUGGCUGGAUGGACUGAAGUGCUGUGCUUCUGUAUUAGGAAAAGGCUUUGAAGAUUUGGUUGGGAUUACUUUGGAUAUAAAUUGGAUUUAUAAAGAUGAUCAAUUUGUUGCUGACUACACUGAGUAUCUGACUUCUCUCUUGUCAGCAAACCCGGUCUAUCUGUCACCAUGCAUUCGGAAACUGGUCAGUUUGAUGAAACCUGAGACCCAGCAAGAUCCAGGUCUCAAACUUGUAUUUGAAAGGGUUCAUCAGAUGUUAAAUGUGAUAUUGAAGCUAGCACCUGGAGGACUUCGUAUUGUUCAGAAGAUGAUUCAAGAACUUUUUCCUUACAAACAGAAAAGUGCCUUUAUUCUGGAGUGUUAUGUAAUGAAUUUAUUUCGGUUGUUAGAGUAUGCUCCUUCACUUACACCUGUUGUAUGGGAAUUGAUUGUGAACAAGCUAAUUCAAAUAGAUACAGAGUUGCCUAACCAAAGUCAGAAUGAAGUGUUAGAUGAUGAAAACGGCGGUGAUGAGAAGGAUCAGUCUCAGUUUCAAGAAGAAAUUAAUGAUGACCAUGUUGGUGACAUUACACCUUACAGUUGGCCAGACCCAGAUGACACUUGUGAUCUUCUUUCUCAUAAACUGGAUGUUCUGAUGUCUCGAUGUCUGUGUUAUUGCUACUAUUGCUGCCAUCCAAAAGGUGUUUUCAGUUUUGACGAUUCCACUCGAUUGUUCUAUGUUCUAUUAGAGAUUUUCAAGAAAUGUCUCUUACCGACCCAUGGUUCUUCGUAUCCUCAAUUUCUCUGCUUUUAUGUAUGCAGUUAUCACAAGACCUUUUGUGAAGAAUUUCUACUUCGGUUGUGGACAACAGUUGAAUCUGUUUCCUUGUCUGCUACUGUUCGUCAGGCUGCUGCAGCAUAUAUUGGUAGCUUUGCUGCCAGAGCUAAAUAUCUUCCAUUGAGUUGCGUGAAAACAGUGCUGGAAUUAUUGGUUGGGUGGAUUCACAGAUAUGUUGACCAGUUUGAUCACCUUUCAUCCGGUGCUGAUUCAUUUCUACAUGGCCCAUUUUAUGCUGUCUGUCAAGCUGUUUUCUAUAUUUUUGUCUUUCGUCAUAAGCAAUUACUAAAUGCCGAGUCUGAUUGCAGUGGUCUAUCAUAUUUACAAUCCCUUAACUUGGGUCGUGUUGUGUCUUGUCAUCUCAAUCCGUUAAUGGUUUGUCUGGAUUCAGUUGUUAACAUGUUUGCAACACUGACAAGGAACUACCAAAUUGCUUUCUGCUACACAGUACUUGAACGUAAUCGUCGGGUAUUGGUGCCACAACAUGGUAAAACAAGCUUCCCAAUGGGCACCUUUUUUCCUUUUGAACCUUACACUCUUCCCAAGUCAUCAAAAUUUAUUAGACAUCUAUACCAAGAGUGGGAAGGAGGAAGUUUGUCUGAUCUUAUUGGUGAAACUGAUUCACACAGUGAGCAAGACACCGAUGAUGAAUAUCUACAAAAGCAUAGGAUGUCAGAGUCAGACCACGAUAAUAUGUCAGGAGAUGUAUUAGCAAACAGUAGCCCUCAGUCUUUUUCAUCAGCAGCAAACUGAUAUUUAUGUCUAUACAUGUAUAAGACAUUUACUUAUUAUAUAUCUGUGCUAGAAAUAUAAUGAGUACGUAAAUAUACUGUAACAGACAUAGGAGAUCAAGAUU